UGAAUCUUGUUUAGCACAUGAAUGAAAUUGCAUUAUUGGACACCAUCAUUAUAAAACAGAUGAAGGUAAAGGCAUUUCCCGUUUUGGGACUAUACCUUUUCCUCCCUGAUGCCCUUGUAGCUAUGGAAACGUCCACCAGCCUGUUCACCCCUUCAGACCAGGCACUGCGUGUGAUGUAGCUAGCUCGAUGGUUUAUGUGUGCCAGAAUUACCGAUAAAUCAGACGUUUCAAGAUGGCUUUACAACGACUGAUGUCUUUUUUCAUCCUUUACUCAAUUCUUGGCUACAUUCCAUCACGCGGGGUAAUCCUCCGAACCACAGACAAGACUGUGUGGGCAAAUGAAUUUGAACCUAUUGAGUUGACGUGCUUGAUAGAGUCCAUCUCAACAAACAAGCCCAGAAUCGAAUGGAAGAAAAUCCAAAAUGGCGUCCCUAGUUAUGUGUACUUUCAAAAUCACAUUUCGGGGGACUUGGAGCACAGAGCCCAGCUCAUCCAGCCAGCCAACCUACUGAUCCUCAACACCAGCCGUGCAGACACUGCAGAGUACCGCUGUGAGGUCGCUGCCAUUGAUGACCACAAACACUUUGAUGAAAUUCUAAUCAGUCUUGCUGUCAGGGUAAAGCCUGUGGUGCCCAGGUGCAGUGUGCCUGUGGCGGUGACUGUUGGCACGUCCUCUGAGCUGCGCUGCCUGGAGAACGAGGGCUUCCCUGCCUCACAGUACCGCUGGUUCCGCAACAACGAGGAGCUUCCCCAGGACCCAAAGAGCAGCCCCAAGUUCAUCAACUCCACCUAUUCCAUUAACGCUGACACGGGUGGUCUGAAAUUCCGCCGGAUGAGGAAGGAGGAUGCGGGGGAGUAUUACUGCCAGGCAAAGAAUGUAGCUGGACAUGCACAGUGUCCCACACAGCUGAUGGACGUCUAUGAUGUCGACAUUGUGGGCAUUUUCCUGAAGGUGUUGGCGGCAUUGGCUGGAUUCAUUGUUGUGAUGGUGGGGGUUUGUCAUGUACACAAACAUCACUGCUUUUCCUCCGGCAAGGAUCACACAGGAACCAACUACAAACUUCCAUCGCAGGAUGAUGGCGUUGACUAUGCCGAAGCAGAUGAGGGUCACUUCCGUCACAAAUCAUCAUUUGUCAUUUGACAUCUGAGAUCAAGGAGACACACUAAAAGAGGAGACCCACUGAAGUCAAAAGUGUGUCAAAUCCCAUAAUGGGGCUUCGUGUGAGAAAUGUGAGCUGUAACAUUUCACAUGAACCAACAAGCUUGCCAAAGUUAUCAUAAUGAAAAAGAUCAAUCAUUAUUUCAAUUUUGCUUUCUGAUAGGCAACUGCAACGUCAUGUCCCUAUUAGUACACUGUUUACUUUUUUUGUAGCACAUAUGUAUUGCCCUCAGUCAUUACUGUAACUACAAUUACAGUAUGAUUUUUCUUUUUUAAGCUGUGACUUUUGAACUUCCACCAGCAUGUUCAUCUUAACUGGUGAUGGAACAUUCCCCCAUACUGUUUUUAGACAAACAAGGUUUUUUACUUCCUAAAAUUUCAACAAAGUACAACAAACCUGUUUAAAAAAAACAGUAUUUCAUAACCUCUGAAUGCAAGCUGGACUAGUUUAUGUUAAUAUGAAGGUAGGUUGUGUCAAUAGUUGUAUAUAUACUCUACCGUUCAAAAGUUUGGAGCCACGUAGAAAUGUCCUCGUUUUUGAAAGAAAUG